AUGCAAGAAACAAAAACCAUAGUUAUCCUUGGAGGAUCCUUUUCCGGUGUGAGUAUUGCUCAUCGAAUCUUGAAACAAUCAGCAAAGACAGGGUCGUCCGUCAAGAUCGUCCUCGUGUCUCCCAAUACCCAUGUCUAUUGGAGUGUCGCUACGCCUAGGGCUUUAAUCCCCGGACAAUUCGCCAACGACAAGCUUUUCCAGUCCAUUACUGAGGGCUUCAAGCAGUAUUCCUCCAAACACUUCGAAUUCGUCCGCGGCACUGCCCAAAGCCUCGACCCUGCCGCUCGGAAAGUGGGAGUUUCUACCAGCUCCGGGGCGCAGAAAACCGUUGAGUACGACUUCCUCAUCCUCGCCACUGGGUCUAGGAACAAGGACAAUGAUGGCGGAGCUAUAGUGCCAUUUAAGGGACUAGAAUCAACCGAGGCAACAAAAGCUGCUCUGCAAAACAUCCAAGCAGUGGUAGACAAAUCGAAGACGAUAGUGAUCUCCGGUGCCGGUCCGACUGGGGUCGAAACUGCUGGAGAAUUGGCAUACGAGUAUGGAGCAAAAAAGAAGAUUAUUCUACUCACCAGUGGUCGGACAGUUCUUACUACAACAACCCCUAGUGUUUCGAAGACAGCAUUAGGCAUGCUCAAGGAUUUGAAGGUCGAGGUCAAGCUAGAAACAAGGGUUACUACGUCAACACGGACGACAAGAAAUGGCUCGGAUCAAGUUGAACUCAGUCUGUCGGACGGAAGCAAAUUGACCGCUGACCUCUACAUUCCUACAUACGGCCUAGUUCCGAACUCGUCGUACAUUCCUGGCAAAUACCUUAACGCAGACGGGCUCGUCAAGGUGGAUGAAUACUUUCAAGUUAAGGGGCUCGAGAACCAGCAUGUGUGGGCCAUUGGUGAUAUCUCCGACCUUGAAUCACCGCAGGUUCUGCCCGCUGAUAGACAAUCAAUUCAUCUGGCCAAGAACAUCGCCUUGAUCUUGAGUAAUAAGCCUCCAGUACCAUACAAGGAGGGCUCGCGUGCUUUGGGUCUUCAAAUCGGCAAAAAGACUGGCACUGGGCAUUUUGGGAGUUUCAGAAUUCCGGGCUUUAUCGUCACUUAUCUCAGAAAGAACUUGUUCGUUGAGCAAUUAGGGUCCAUGGUCAAUGGGUCUGCGUAUUGA